AAUUCGCGGACUACACCUUAAAUAAGCGGCUUGGAAUGCGCCAUUCGGUUCAUUCUUCGCUAUCUUCUUUCCCUUCUGCGGUGCCCCGCAUAAUUCUUAUCGGCUUGCUACCAAUUCUCAUUGGGACUACUUAAGCUCUCUCCCUGCCUUUCCCAAGUGAUUGACAGCUACAUUUCCCUUCAACUCAUCAUUCUCACGGUUCAAACUUCAUCGUCGAACCAUGAUGAAUCGGCCGACCCCAACUUUGAUCAACCUGCCUCCUCCGCCAUCGGAUCCGGUGACUCCAUCCGAGAUGGGACCCUUUCCUUCUCCUGGUUCUAUACUGACCCAAACCUCCGAUGUCCUUUUACAGAGGAACUCCGAACUCCGGCACCACUUCGCUUUCAGCCCUCUCCACCACCGCCAUUAAGGACGGCCAUCAAGGCCAGCCGCACCCGUACGGACGUCAUGCCCACCAUUCUCCGUCCGCAUCGACCACGUCCACCAGCACCCUGGAAGCGGAACGGGCCGAUCGCAUCUCACGUCUGGCCGGUUUAGAACGAGUAGCCACGGCCCGGGCGGGUGGUACCUCUCAGCCCAGUGGCCCCCUGCCCCCGACCCAUCACCCCGGUUUCUUUGAGAGCGGGUCGGCGAUCAAAGAGCGCAGUACGGUGGGUAGUGCCAGUGCUACGGGCAGCGUGGGCGCCCGCACGACCUGGGCCAGCGGCAGCGAUGCCUUCGAUGCGGAUAAGAUGAGUGAGUACCCGGAAGACGGCACCUCGAGUGUAGGUAACUUCAGCGAUGAAGGUGAUGCCAGUUUGGUCGCAUUUGGGGAGGGCGCCAGUACCGUCAGUGGGCCAGUUUCCAACCCCAUGCUGAAUCGGACCUCGUCUGGAGGCCGACCAGGAUCGUUCGGCAGCCCUGGUCUGGCGCGGGUGAAUCCCGGGGGGUCUCAACACUCGGGCGGAGACACGGCCAUGCUGCUAUCCACGAUGUCGCCAACCGGCUCGAUCACCCCUGAGCCUACGCAGGAUGCCCGCAUGAUGGAUGGGAUGACCUACGAUGCGAAUGUGGUAGAUACCACGGUGAGGACCCCUCGGUUGGCCACCCCGGCACAAGGUGGCAACCCGCAGGCGGAGAUCUAAGUAGUUUGGUUGGAAAGAGACAUGCGAUCGAAGACCGGAUUUAAGGAUAUUUGGCGUUCAUGGAUGGAAGGGCUGGCCAUGAUUUUGUAGUAACAUCUGUUAUCAGCGAUUGGGA